AUGACUCUGGUUCUUUUGACUAUUGCUGGUACAGAUUCAAGUGGGGGUGCUGGUAUCCAAGCGGAUCUGAAGACAUUUACUGCACAUAGAUGUUAUGGAGCAAGUGUUAUAACCGCUAUGACGGCUCAGAACACCACUGGGGUUCAAGCAGUUCAUCCAUCUCCACCGGAAUUCGUAGCAGAGCAAAUUCGCUCUGUUUUGAGCGAUAUUAAUGUAGAUGCUAUCAAAACAGGAAUGCUCUAUGAUACCGAUAACGUGCUUUCUGUGGCAAAAACUCUCAAGCAGCACUAUCAAUCCCAGACCAUGAUCCCUCUCGUCUGCGACCCUGUUUGCGUUUCUACGUCUGGACAUGUUUUACUCCAUCCAGAUGCCAUUGAGAGCAUGAUAAUAGAAAUAUUCCCAUUGUCACAACUUAUUACGCCGAACAUUCCAGAAGCAAAACUUCUCCUUUCCAGGAGCGGGUUACCGGAUGAUAUAACAAGUUUGGAAGAAAUGCUCACGGCUGCACAAAAUCUUCUCUCCUUAGGAUCUCGAGCUGUCCUUCUGAAAGGUGGUCAUAUCCCAUUAACGUAUCAAGAUUUAUGUCGAGUAACUGCCGCUAAUCCGCGUAUUAUUUGGGCACCUGAUGAUAUUUAUGAUCAAAACAUGGAGAUUCUGCAAAAUGGAAGGAUACCUGCCGUGGACCUUGUUAUUGAUGUACUCUGUCAGUGCAGUGGGGAGAUAAACUUGUUCCCCCGACCUCGCUUACAAUCCACGAAUACCCAUGGGACUGGUUGCACUCUUAGUGCUGCCUUGACGUGCCAACUUGGAAUGGGUGUCGACUUGGCUGAAGCUACGAAAAAAGCCACAGCUUACACGCAUUUGGCUAUCGAAACAGCGCCUUCGAUUGGACAUGGUUCUGGCCCUUUGAAUCAUUUACACUCCAUAUUAAUACGAAGAAUCCCUUUACGAUCGCAAACCAAUCCUUACCCACUGACGAGAUCGCUCAUCCAAGGUACCGCAAGCAUUUGGAAAGGAUAUGUACAACACGAUUUUGUCAAGCUUCUCGGGAAAGGAAUAUUGGAAAGAGGAUCCUUCUUGCAUUUCAUAAAACAAGACUAUCAUUAUUUGAAAUACUAUGCUCGUGCAUAUGCCUUAUUAGCAACCAAAUCGCAUGCAUACGAUCCUAUUAGCGCUGCGAUGGAGACGGUAGUCACUGUUGUUCGCGAGAGUUCAAUGCAUGUGGAAUUCUGUGCUCAAUGGGGUAUUAGUCAAAGCGUACUAGAAAACACUCCCGAAUCUCCAGCCACCACAGCGUAUGGUGCCUUCCUCAUUGACACUGGCUUACAAGGGGACAGUAUGAAACUGACCAUGGCAUUGAUGGCCUGUCUCCUAGGCUAUGGAGAGGUGGGACUGUGGUUGAAAAAAGAAGCUUGCAAACCAAAUUCUUGGGUAGUAUGGGAUGGAAACCCCUAUUUAAAGUGGAUCGAAGACUAUUCUGGGCAAGACUACCAGAGUGCAGUGAGGAAAGGACUUGAAACAAUCGAGACUAAAGCUGCUGCUGACCCACCAUCUGAAGGCAGACUUGAAGAGUGGCGUCAAGUUUGGGAGAAAUGUACCAGACUGGAGAAAGGCUUCUGGGACAUGGCUAUGAAUUUAUCUUGAUGGAAAUUUGUGGGUGCUAUUGAAAAAGAUAGUAAUCAUGUCAAAAUUUCGUCUAUCAUCACGAUAUAUACUGCGCAUGUACGCUAGUAUCUUGA